AUGGAGAACAGCAGUGUGGGGAACCAAACUUUACCAACAUGGACCGACCACAGCAUCGAAUACAAAGUCAUCAGCGCGGUGUUGGUGUUUGUAAUAUGCGUUCUGGGAAUCAUCGGCAACACGAUGGUCAUCUUGGUGGUGCUCACCACAAAGCACAUGCGGACACCCACCAACUGUUACCUGGUGAGUCUGGCUGUGGCUGACCUCAUGGUAUUGACGGCAGCCGGUCUUCCAAACAUAGCGGACAGCAUCUACGGGUCCUGGGUGUUUGGUCACUACGGAUGUCUCUGUAUAACCUACUUUCAGUACCUCGGGAUCAACGCGUCCUCCUGUUCAAUUACUGCGUUCACCAUUGAGAGAUAUAUUGCAAUAUGUCAUCCGAUUAAAGCUCAGUUUCUGUGCACUUUAUCCAGAGCGAAAAAGAUAAUAUUGUUAGUGUGGGGGCUCACUUCGCUGUACUGCGUUUUAUGGUUGUAUCUGUCUGAUACGGUGGAGACGGUGUACAAGGAUGUAACCAUAAUAUCGUGCGCAUACAAGAUGAAAAGAAGCGUCUACAUGCCCAUAUACUUUUUUGACUUUGGCAUAUUUUUCGUCGUGCCCCUCACGCUCGCCACUAUCCUGUAUGGACUCAUUGCGCGAAUUCUCUUCUUGAACCCACUGACUUGUGAAAAAAACGCAAACAGAAAAAGCAAUGUCGGAAAGGGAAAUACGGUGGUUAACCUGAAAAAGUCCAGCCACUGUUCCAACACUACUGCCACUUCCAGGAGACAGGUUACUAAAAUGCUGGCGGUAGUGGUGAUCCUCUUUGCCCUACUCUGGAUGCCUUAUCGCACCUUGGUUGUGGUGAACUCCCUCCUGGAGCAAGCCUACCUGGACACCUGGUUUCUGCUCUUUUGCCGCAGCUGCAUCUACCUAAACAGUGCCGUCAAUCCGGUCAUCUACAAUGCCAUGUCUCAGAAGUUUCGCGCGGCGUUCCGCAAGCUUUGCCUGUGCGGACGCAGGAGUUCGGCCACCAAGGGGGCGUACAGCGUGGCGUUGACCUACAGCGCCGGGAAGGAGACCUCUAUGGUGGAGAGCACCGAGCACUACACCACCGAACUGGACGAGUUGACAGCCACAGAGGAACUACUUGCCGAAAAGAAAACGCUCUAUCCAGAGGACUGUACUUUGGCGAAAAUGACUUUUAACACAAAUUCGGCAUAG